UCGACAUUUAAAAAUGGCGAGGCUCUCGAUAUUGUUUCGUGUUAUCAGCGCGGCGAGAUUAAAAAGCAUUGUUGGGUGUAUAUGUUCAUUGAUAUAAGUACUGUUAUCUCGCCGCAUCGCAUAUUUUAAUACAAUUGUAUUAAAAAGAAAGCCAUGGUUUCUCUCGUUGUCAUUGGCGUUAUGUCAUUGGCCGUUAUGAGCCUGGGAAUUGUUAUGGACUGGACCUACGUCCAGUGUUGUUUUCUCUACAUUGUAUUAACUUGCUCCUGCUUGCUUAUCGGCCCGUUAAUCAUGAUACUGAUCAACAUAGCUUUGUCGCCUAAACACCAGACUGGCACUGGAACUGUUAAAACUAUUGCAGAAGUGGACGCCUUCCACAAUAUGUUGAUGAAAGGAUAUGAGCCUAAAUCAGCCAGCACUAGGAAACAUACACGUUAUCCUGUUGUUUUCACACGUCUGGUGGAUGGUGCCCUGCAGAAUCUUCUAGAUUUGAUCUUUCAGGACUUUGUCGGCUUCUGGUUGAACGAUCUGGCCUUUGGCUCCGAACAGCUGAUAGAUAACAUGAAACAGGAUGUGUGGGGCGCGAUACAGAGCCUACACGAACGCUUGUCGCAUGUUGACCACACUAAACUAGUGGUUUGCAGUAUAGUGAAUAAGCUUACUUUUCACUUCGAGAAGAUCCGGAUAGCUCAAGCGGCUUCGUCGGAGGGAGAGGAUCCUGUAUUUAUUUUGUCAGCGCAUUUAAUGUCGCCUGUCGCUGAACUGGAAUAUUUAAGGAAGAUUAGCGAACUUUAUAUCUUAUUUUUGUUACCACGCAGUUACUCCCUUUCUCCAGUAAAAUUUCUUUUAAGAGAAGUUCUCACAUGCAAAAUCUUAAAACCGGCGAUAGAUUUAAUCACGGAUCCCGAUUAUAUCAAUCAGAAGAUCCUGACAUACAUCGAUCAACAGCAGCUUGCUGAAGCGAUGCACAGGAAAACAUACGAAUACGCGGAAUCGUUCGAAGAUUUUAUCCGGAUGGUCAAAAGCACUAAGGAUCUAGAAGUUCUCAAACAUAUUAGAUAUAAUAUCGUUACCGAGAUUAUGCAAGCUACCACAGUGCAAAACGUAAAACGAGCUCAAGGUUUGGAUCUUGAAAAUAACGCUCUGGGAAACUCCGAUGCCAUUCGAGCGAGAAAGUUAAAGAGGUAUAUCAGUCAACUGACAUACGCUAAGAAUACGUGCGAGUGUCACAUGCAGACAUUGGGAUGGGAUGGAUAUCCUCGUCAGGAUUCAGACGAUAUAUGUAACGCGACGGAAAUCACGGAGGGCAGAAUACUUCCAUUGCAAACGAUUCUAGAUAAUGUGACUGGCCGACGAUAUCUAUCUCAGUUUCUGGAACAGGUUGCUAGUCAAGGAUUGAUCGGUUACUGGGCGGCAGUGCAAGAAUUACGGGCCGCAGAACGAUCCAAUUGGCAUCAACUGGGAGCUGAGAUCUUUUACACUUACAUCAGAUCACCUACCGCCGAGAUUAAGGUGGAUAAAAACGUACGAAAGCGGAUGGAAGCUUUUUUGUUGGGCGAUAUGGGACCUAAUGUAUUUUACGAGGUCCAAGAUAGCGUCGUCAAGACACUCCAGGAGAAGUAUUAUCCAUCGUUUCUCGUUAGCGAACAAUAUAAGAGCAUGCAGGAGGCAUUACUUAAUGAGAGGGCAGAAGGUUUGGUUGAAGACCGCGAAAUUAUUGAUGGUACAUUGUCGGAAACUUCGACUUUGCUCGUUGGUGAACGAUCGAAUUACGCUCGUAGCAAGCUAGAUCAGCUGCAUGAAAAAUUAAAUAACAAAAUGCAAGCUUUGCAGGCGCUCAAAUCUUCUCUCAAGCCCGAGAGCAAAGUACUUAGCAUAUUGGCAAAAGAGGUCGAAUGGCUGCAAGGUGAAAAGCGACAGUUGGAGGCACAUUUAAAUCAUACGGAAAUGUGGGCCGAACAUCUGGGUCGUUGGAGAGCCGACGUGCAGAGUGCAGAGAUGCCUGAUAACGGGGAUCCUCCACAAUUUGUACUGGUUGUCCAUAUGGCAGAGGAUGAAGACAAUGAUGAAAGCAUAUCUAGCGGAUGGGUAGUGUUGAGAAAACUGCAAGACUUUCAAGAUCUUCAUAGAAAAUUACGUCAAUUAUGUUCUAACGUUAAAAGCCUGGACUUACCUUCACAGCCUUUAAAGUUUUUCGGAAAAUCUGACAAGAGCACUCUUGAUAAAGCUAAGAUGCAAAUACAAAAAUAUUUGAAUUUUGUUUUGGAGGACGAGAGGCUUAAUCAAAGUGAGGCAUUGUAUACCUUUCUCAGUCCAAGCUCCGAGCAUCUUAAAGCUGUGGUGGCACCAUCUCCCAAGAAAUCUCGCUUUUCUUUGUCCACAUUAUUUAAAACAUCUGUCGGUAAUAACGAACCACGCGACAAAGAAGAUGAAGAAGAUUAUUCGUUGUUGCUGGACGAUAGCGAAUCGGGCCGUACUGGCACAGACACCUAUUUAAAUGUCAGCAAAGAUGCGAUCGCAGAGCCGUUGUAUACGCUUCUUGGAGAAGUUUUCGAUUUAAGAGGAGUAUUUCGUUGGCUCAGACGAUCACUCAUCACUUUCGUACAGAUUACUUAUGGACGUACUAUAAAUAGGCAAAUCAGAGAUACCGUUGCAUGGGUGUUUUCCGAACCGAUGCUUCAUUAUUACAUACAAUUGUUUACGAGAGCAUGGUGGCCGAAUGGGCAGCUCGUAUCUGAGACCGUUCUUCGCACUGACGAAGAAAAGUUGAAAACGCGAGGCGAGGCACGUAGACAGUUUCUCAACAAUGUACCUGAAGUAUUAACAAAUCUAGUAGGAGCACAAAGUGCUCAACGUGGCGCGAUUAAAGUUUUCGACUCCCUGCAAAACGUGAAUCUGAAUAAGCAGCUAUUUUACGAUAUAUUUGAAGUAUUAAUGUAUGAAAUAUUCCCAGAAUUGCAGCAUAAACAAUGUUCCUUAACGAAAUAAAGUAUCAAUGUGAUAUACAAUGAAUAUACGAUCCCAUUUCAUUCCUUUUAGCGGAUCUUAUUGUACAUAAUUUUUAAAUGCAGUAAAAUUCAAAAGUAAAUGAUUACUUGCGAAUAUGUCGCUAACAUUGAGAAAGAUAUUUACACACUUCUAAUGUGGAUAACGUAUAAUAAACUACACGCCACGCUGUAUUAAACUUUCCUAAAUAUAUUAGUUCUUUACAAUCGAA